CCCCUUCUCUUGUUGACUAGCUGAUGGUAUCAAGUGGAUAAAACUGCCUUAGCCAGCGAACAAAAUAUCGGAGUACACAGUGGAACCAGGCAGCCGGCUAGCUGCUUACAGCUAGUAUUACUGGUUCAACAUGCAGAAGUAUGAAAAACUAGAGAAAAUUGGAGAGGGUACCUAUGGAACAGUCUUCAAAGCUAAAAACAGAGAGACUCAUGAGAUAGUGGCUUUGAAACGGGUCAGGCUGGAUGAUGAUGAUGAGGGAGUUCCCAGUUCAGCCUUACGAGAAAUUUGCCUCUUGAAGGAGCUGAAACAUAAAAACAUUGUGAGGUUGCACGACGUUCUACACAGUGAUAAAAAGCUGACGCUAGUGUUUGAAUACUGUGACCAGGAUCUAAAGAAAUAUUUUGACAGCUGCAAUGGAGACUUGGAUCCAGAGAUUGUAAAGUCCUUCAUGUAUCAGUUGCUGAAAGGGCUAGCCUUCUGCCACAGUCGCAAUGUACUUCACCGGGACCUUAAGCCACAAAACCUGCUUAUUAAUAGAAAUGGUGAGCUGAAAUUAGCUGAUUUUGGUUUGGCCAGGGCAUUUGGAAUUCCUGUUCGGUGUUAUUCUGCUGAGGUGGUAACAUUGUGGUACAGGCCACCAGAUGUGCUGUUUGGUGCCAAAUUGUACUCAACCUCAAUCGACAUGUGGUCAGCUGGAUGCAUAUUUGCAGAGCUAGCAAAUGCAGGUCGGCCACUUUUUCCUGGGAAUGAUGUGGAUGACCAGUUGAAAAGGAUCUUUAGGUUGCUGGGGACCCCAACAGAGGAGCAGUGGCAGACUAUGACCAAACUCCCAGAUUAUAAGCCAUAUCCAAUGUAUCCUGCAACCACAUCGCUGGUGAAUGUUGUCCCAAAACUUAGUAGCACAGGACGGGACUUACUUCAGAAUCUUCUGAAAUGCAAUCCAGUGCAGCGUAUUUCGGCAGAGGAGGCACUACAACACCCAUACUUUGCAGAUUUCUGCCCUCCAUAGUUUCCAAAGCUCUUGAGCCUCAUUCUUCAGAAUGGACCAAUAUGGUCUUACCUUGUGCACCCCCUCAAAAACAUCUUUCUGGCUUUAUUCUUCAUAGUUUGCACCUACCUUUUCUGUGACCUUCUCCUCUGGAUGUCACUGAAUAUACACUGCAUAUAGACACAUCUAAACUACACCAGUCAAGCCCUGUCAAAUUUGCUUUAGCCAGUUGCCAAAUGUGCUUAAUAGUUCUCAAUUGUUUACAAACUACUAUUUUGAAGGCAAGACUUCAAGGAAGUAAUCUAUUUUUUGAAGCCCAAAUGAACAAAGUAAGUUUGAUAAUAGACAGGUUGCUUACGAGCCCGUGGCAUGGUUAUGUACAGAAGGGUUUUAAGAAACUAAGCAAAUAAUCAUUUUGUUCAAUGAGGUUUUAUUUUGCUUUUUUUGCACUUACUAAACAAUAUAGUAAGUGUGUAGAAAGUAUUAGUCCUUCUGCUCAGUGUUUCUAUGGCUUUUUAUUCUAGUAGCCAUAUAUGAAGGAGCUUUAGGUUAAUAUAGUGUAAAUUUAUAGGAACCUUUUGUCUAAAUAUCCUCUAACUUGGAAAUGUUUCAUCAUUUUAGUGCACAUGCUGGGUUAAAAACUGACAUUCUUGAGAGUUAGAUAGUACAUUUGUUUUUCUCCUUUCUUUUUUUGUCACUGGAAGGACACCACUCAGCCCUCAAAUAGGUCUGAAGUGUUUUUGAUGUGUGACAUGGACCACAAGUAGUUCCUCUUUAGCCUCGACAAUACGUAUGUCUGAAGUGUGUAUAGUGUUUUUAACAUAUGGUGUAAUAUUCACAUUAAAGUCAUUCCUUCAAUCCCUGCAGAAUAUGUAGCAAUAAACAUUCUGAACCCGCUCAAAUAUCUCAUGAGAAUCAUCCUCAGACCUCACAAGAGACAGGUUUCCACUGUUGGAACUUGGAGCCAAGUAGUUUGUGGAUGUUCGUGGUCCAUAAAUCCCUGAUUGUGGCAUUUCCAAAAAUGAGAGAAAAGAUUGUAAUGUAAUGAAAAUUGAAGGCCUCUUUUAAAGUGCCCGGGUUUAAAAAUAAGGAGAUACAUAUGUAGGAAAGCUCACCUGUGGUACCUGUAUGUUACCUCAGUCACUUUGCAAACUACACAGAUCAAAUAUUCACGACUGUCGAGUAAUUAUCCCAACUGUUUUCUGGCUUUUUUUUUUUUAUUGCAUAAUUCAGGGGUUGAGAUGUAAACAAAAUCGGUCAGUGGUUUGAUGUGAAAUUCUGCCUUGAUAGGAAACCUAUCAGUCUGUUUUCUUUACACUGGUUGCAAAAAGGAACUGGAAGACCAUGUCUACAACACAGACAAUAACCAUUUUAUGUAUAGCUGUGCAAAGUGACCAGUGAACCUACAUCUAUCAAUUUACCAUUGAUAAUGGUGAAAAAAGGGGAGUUUUGCAUUACAACGCCCUGCAUGUAACACUACUGUGCAUGCAUGUUAGUUAUACAUUUUAGGUGCAAACUAUCAGGCAGAGUAUCUGUAACCAUUUCAUAUAAUAGCUUUGUUUGAAGGAUUUUUGAGGUAUUAAACCUUUCAGAUGUCCAGUUCACAAUACUACCAGUAAGUAAUUCGGUAAUUAUUUUUUUAAAAUAGAGCAGGACACAUCAGAUCACUCUGACUGACUUUGUGUAUUUUUCAACCGUUCUGAAGAAUUUUUUUUUUUUUUAAAUAUGAACAUUUUAUUUAAAUACAUUUAUCAUCACAUUCACUGUAUUAUAAAUUCAGAUUAUACUCCAUAUGGUUUCAGGCCUUCCAUAGUGAUGGUAUCAUUGAUCAGAAAAGUUCUACCCUUUUUGGGGGGGAAAACAAUACAUUGCUUAGUUUACUUUUAGGAUGGUGAAUAAUUUCUAUUUUCCAUUUUGUUCUGUAAAGUGAAUUAGAAUGCAUGUAUUUAUUUGUUUAUGAAUGUUUGCUGAAUAGAAGACUUUUUAAAAUACAGAAAAUCAGGGUUAUUAUGGUGUGUGGCUGUUCCUGGUUUAUUUUGUUGGACUUUUGUUGGAAAACUCAAUAUGAAUGGGAAAUGGAGGCUCACUUUCAGAAACAAACCAAAAUAUUAAUGCAGCAUUCAACCAAUGCAUUUUGUUCUAAUUGACAACAGGUACAGAUUUCAUAUGCUAGACAACAAAGACACCAAGUUCUCAAAAAUCAGUUACCAACCUUUACCAAAGCCUGUGAGAUUUGCCAGGAAAUCAGCACAGUCCUGUUUAUCAACCCUGCAGUACAGUACCACAGAAUAAAGAUGAACGUUUCUGUUUGUGAUAUAUUUGGCACUCUGCUGUAUGUGUGUUUACGUUGUAAGAGUUUAUUUUUCACCUCUAUUAAAUAUGUUUUCAUCAAGACAAAA